AGCUUCUGUGCAAACACAAUUAACAAAGAAAACUUUUUAAUAUAAUUUUAUAAAUAUUAUAUAUUAAUUUUAUUUUAUCAUGUAUAUUUGCCAAAAAUAGCAUACAAAUAAGAAUUUUAAUUGAUAUUAAAAAAAUAAAAUCUUAAUAAAAUUAUUUUUAAUUGGAAUAUAAAUUUUUUAAAAUUAUAAAAACCAUUUAAUAUAUAUAUACAGUCAUAAGUCUAAUUAUUUUGAGGUUAUAUUAUUUCCUCUUAUUAAAAUAUAUAAACGUAAUAUAAAUUCAAUAUAUAUAAACGUGUCAGAAAAAAUUAUUAUCAAUUUAGAUAAUAUAUAAUUGAUAUUUUUAUUAUGUCACGAAUCUCAUAACUAUUCAAAGUUCAUAAAAAAUUACAAAUAUUCUACGUAAUAUUUUGCGAUACAAAAUGCCAGAUAUUAUCGAAGUUUCUAGCAAUAAAAUUUUUAGCGGAUGGCAAAAAGUUUAUUUGCAUGAGAGCUAUGAAUUGGGAUGUAAAAUGAAUUUUGGAAUUUUCCUUCCACCCCAAGUGGAAGAAGGGCCUCAACCUGUUAUUUAUUGGUUAUCUGGUUUAACAUGUACAGAAGCUAAUUUUAUUCAAAAAGCAGGUGCACAAAAGUAUGCUUCUGAACAAGGUGUUAUCUUAGUUGUACCUGACACAAGUCCUCGUAAUCUUAAUAUACUUGGAGAAGAUAAUGAUUGGGAUUUUGGAACUGGUGCAGGAUUUUAUAUUGAUGCAACAAAUGAACCAUGGAAAAAAAAUUAUAGAAUGUACAGUUAUAUUACUAAAGAAUUACCAGUUUUAAUUAAUGAAAAAUUUCCUGUUUUACCAUACAAACAAUCCAUAAUGGGUCAUAGUAUGGGUGGACAUGGAGCCUUAAUAUGUGCUUUAAAAAAUCCUGGUUUAUAUAAAACUGUAUCUGCUUUUGCACCUAUAAGUAAUCCUGUUUUAUGUCCAUGGGGAAAAAAAGCCUUUACUGGUUAUUUGGGUGGACCAGAAACUAAUGUUACAUGGAGAGAUUGGGAUGCUACAGAAUUGGUUAAAAAAUACAAUGGGCCUCCUUUGGAUAUUUUAAUUGAUCAGGGAAAAGAAGAUAAGUUUUUAAAAGAUGGCCAAUUACUGCCAGAAAAUUUGUUAUCUGCUGCAAAAGAUGCUGGAUUAUCAUUAGUUCUUAGAUUUCAAGAAGGCUAUGAUCAUAGCUACUUUUUUAUAUCCACAUUCAUAGAAGAUCAUAUUAAACAUCAUGUAAAAUAUCUUAAAUGUUAAUAUGUACUUAUUUUUUAAAUGUUUUUGAUAUUAAAAAGUAAAUAAAUAAUAUGAAUAAUGUAAUAAA